UUAUCCGUGAUCGAUGACUGCUACAACAAUCUCGAUUGUCAGUGUUGUUAGUUCAUUCAGGAGGAAAUAACCGUUUAUCGAUAGUCUAGUGGGCUCAAGCUGUUAACUAUACACUAGAGGAUAUAAGUAUGGGACAGUCCUAGAUAGAGUUGGUUAGCCGAACAUCGUCAUGGAUAAUAAUAUUUCAACGUAAUUAGUCGGAAAGGCCUUUCUUCCCGUUGUGUGAAUUUCCAAGGCCAAACUAGUCGAGCUGAGCACCAUGCGCCACGAUGACGAAACAGGAAGAAUCGUGGACUGGUCACAUGAUCGCUGUGGUUGUGAAUCGCUUCCUAGCGCUCGCUAUAGGAAUCAUUCUACUCAUCGUAUUAUUCGGGAAAUCGGCGGAAAGUGUCGAACAUCUCCGAUCGUAUCGGGAUGGGGACGUCAUGAUCGGAAUGACUUUGCCGAUGCACACGGCUGCAACAGAAAACGACGUGUGCUCGGCCGUCAGCGUCAAAAGUAUAUUUGUUUUGGAAGCCAUGUUGUAUACGAUUCGCCGGAAGAACCGCGUCGGGCGGGACAUGAACGGUAUGCAAAUUGGCUAUGACGUCAGAGACACGUGCUUCAGUAUCAGCACUGCCAUGAAACAGGGCCUAAACUUCGUGGCAAAUAUCGAAGAAUGGAAAACGGCGCAUGACAAUGCGUCAGGAGAGAUUUCUGGAGUCGGAUUUGGUGCUUCUACGAAACCAGCAAAGCCAGGCUCAGGAUUCCCGAUAGGGAAUGAUUCGGGAAUAAAUAAGACAAUGCUGUGCCAUGAGAAGCCCAUCAUGGGCCUUGUUGGGGCGUCCGGAAGUUCCGUCAGUAUUGCCAUAGCCGGAUUAUUCAGUUUGUACAGAAUUCCAAUGAUAAGUUAUUUCUCCACGAGUACUGCUCUGAGCGACACCCAUACUUAUCCGUCAUUCUACAGAACUAUUCCUUCUGAUGACAAACAGACGGUUGCUAUGGCGGAAAUGAUCACAAGGUUCCACUGGAACUACAUCUCCACCAUAGCAACGGAUAACGAAUAUGGCCGAGAAGGGUCCAAGAGCUUCCAGGAGAACCUUAAAAAACUGCGCAUAACUGCAGGUGAUGGCAUUGAGGCCCUUAAGGGUGAAAUAGCGUACAGGAACAUCUGCCUUGCACGUGAUGACCUUUACGACCCCACCGCAGGCGAUCAACAGGUUGUCAACAUCAUCUCCGCACUGAAGGAAGAUGCAAGGGUCAAGGUCAUUAUACUGUUCAUGUAUUGGCAACAUGCCAAGUUAUUUCUGAACGAAGCUUAUAGGCAGGGAUUGAAAGGUAUAACAUGGAUUGCCAGCGAAUCGUGGUCGGCGACCCACGAGAUGCUUCAGCUCCCACCGGAGCUGGCCCGAGGCAUCAUAGGAAUCUCCGUACCCUCUCACGUCUACCCGGACUUCCAGAACUAUGUCCACAGGCAGCCGCUCUACCGGCGGGUCAGGCACAACCCUUGGCUCUCUGUCUACGCCAAGGAGAAUUUUAACUGUAACUUGAUGGAGUCGAGUACGGAUUGUCCUCAGACGAAGUACGAUUCGAGUUUGAAGGAUUGUCCACAGAAUUGGACCUUAGGUGACUUGCUCGAGACCAACGAAACCCUCUCCGUAACUGUCAACGCCGCCAACGCACUUCUGACACUGGUAGAAGCGAUGAACAUGGCCAUCGCAGAUAAGAAGGACGACCUAAUAAAAGACAAGUGGUUCACACACGAAGAACUCAACCGAUAUGUUGGCAGGGUUGAUUUCAAAGGCGCAGGCGAAGAGCAUGUCAGAUUCGAUGAGAACGGCGACUUCGUUGGGGCGAAGUAUCAUAUACUGAAUGUCCAGGAGAAAAAUGGGAAACUUGGCCUCAAGACUGUGGGAGAGUGGGAGAGUGGCGAAGGACCUGGGACGCUGACCCUACGGGAGGAAGAAAUACAAUGGAACGAGGGUACUAGACCCGUCUCUCGCUGCAGCGCCGUCUGCCAACCGGGCUACCAGAUGCUUCCAUCACCAUCCGAAUGCUGCUGGGACUGCCAAAAAUGUCCCGUCGGAGAAAUAUCAAACUCCACACAGAGCCUGCUGUGCCACAAGUGCGAACUCUACACCCACACAAACCAAAAACAAUCCGAAUGCCUCCCGAACAAGGAGACAUGGUUGUACCAUUACCUCCCAAUGUGUGUCGCAAUCCUGACAAUGGGGCUACUGGGAUUGCUGAGUGUGUUGAUAAUUCUCGUAAUAAUCAUCGUUUUCCGUGAUCUAGUCGUGAUCCGGCGCACAGAACUCAAGUACACGUUCCUUCUGGUCACAUUCUCCGGGCACCUGUACCCAUUCUUCCACGCGCUAAUGCCCACGACCGCUCGGUGCACAGUCCAGUUGUGUCUCCUGUUCAUCCCAUCAGUACUUCAAACAGUGAUUCUUAUGAGCCAAACGGAGCCGGUACUUGUCAUCACGGGACGUGCAUUACAUUUAGUCUUCCAUAAGAGAACCUACAAAAAAUUUGUGCAAAUUUUCACAUUUUACCUCCUCGGGAUAAUUGGAAUAGCUUUGUGUUUACUGCCGCUUGCCAUAAGUUUGCCUAUUGUAAAAAAGUCAUUAGAAAAAGUUUCCGUGACGUUCUUGAGCUGUGAGGACCCUUAUAGAGACGUAGGUUUCGUACCCAUAAUAUUCUCAGCUAUCUUACUCAUGAUUGCUGCUUUUUUCUUCGAGCGCGAGAAACCCGGUUUACGACAUUCCUCGUAUAACGGCAUUUCCUGUUACGUGCUUGUACUUAUUCUUGCUGUUACUAUACCUGUGUAUGUGACAGUGUCUUAUGAACAACCAAAGAUUUUAAUAUUGACGCUAGGAAACUCUCUAGCCCACUUCGCAAUUACUGGUCUUAAGUUUUUACCGCAAAUGUACGAUAUUUUUGUAAAGAAAGACAGAACCAAACAAGAUGUUGAAAUCACUUUGGAUACGGAUACGUCGCAAAUGAGUCAACCGGAUGCUGCGCAGAAGGAACGGGACGCUGCAACUGCGCAACCGGAUGCAGACUCAAGUUUACAAGUUCCGCGUAGUCCUGUAAAAACUGACAAUAUACCCAUGUCAAAGAUUCAGUCUCGUGAAAGUCAAAAGGAGGCUGAGGACUCUGAUGAUAUACCACGUGACCCAGCGGAUGUGACGUUACAAGUUCCGGAAAUUAUUGUAGACCAUGACGAGAACCGAUCAAACGGUGACUGCGAUACUGUUGAUAUUGUGCGAGAUUCACGCGAGAGUUUACGCGGGAGUGAUUUGCAUAUUAACGAGAGCCCUAAUGGCGGGCACAGCGACAGAGUGCCAGUCCUCACCUUAAAAUCGUAUGAUGACGAAGAGAAUAAAAAUGAAGUUAUAUUUGUAUGAAGAAACAAAAUGCAAAAGCAGCAAACGCUUCAGGUUAAUACAGGAUCUAGUCAUGUUCAUGAUUUUGAUAUUCUUGGUAGUGACUGUACUUAGAAUGCAACUUAUUUUCUACUUUCAAUUCUAUUUUAUUUUAGGACUUGAUGGCAAUUCUUUUUGGAAAAUGCCAAUUUGUCAGUGGCUGGUCGUCAGAGAACCUCAGUCCAAAUGGCCACCAAUGCACUGCAAACCACCAAGUUUUCGCGGGGCUUUUUUGGCAGAUUUCGCAAAAAAUAUCAAAUUCACGAAAAUUUGGUUCUAAAAAUCUAAUAAAAAUGAUCGCGACAUUUUUUAAAGAAGUUUUCGCGAAUUGCCAAAAAGUAGGCGCGAAAUAUUGCGUGUUUACAGUAUCGGGCGAGAUUGCUGGGGCGAGGGGGUGGGGGGUUGCGACAUAUGAAGAUGCGCCUUAUCUUAGAAUUUACUGUAGUUUUCUAUCUGUAUUUGUGUAGGAGGAAAUAGUGCAUGCAUUUAAGAUAUAUUGAUGGAUUUAUAUAUAAGUGUCUGACAUAUUGCAUGUGCUUUCGCUCUGCCAUUUCAAAAUUUAAAUUCCUCAGGUUCAUCAUGCAUCAAAUUUGAUGCUGGCAUUAUUGUACUUCGGCCAUACACGUCUAAUAUAACAUAUGUACGUGUACCGUAAAAGGUUGUUUUUGAACUGUUUUGUAGUUAUUGUGACUGGGAGAAUUUGAAAUCAGGGGUACACCUUAGAAUGCCAGUAGGGGAAAAUAUUGUUUGCCCACAAUCAGUAUCAUCGCAAGGUACGUACAUUGUACAGUAUUAUUUUCAUAUUAAGGUCAACAAAUAAACGUCAAACUUCGUAUACAA